AUGCUUGAGGAGACAGUCUCAUCCUCCCCAACAUUCCUGGGCACCCUCUACAGCUGGUUCACCCCCACUGUCUUCUUCCUCCUCCUCCAACUAGUCAUUGGAACCAUCUUCAUAAUCUCCAACCUUGCCAACUCCCACAAACACCAACACCAAGACCCUCAUGCCCAACAUCAUCAAGCACAUGACUUUCCACACCCCCACCUCCCUAGAUCCCCUUCCCUCUUGCAAAGACUCAAAUCCAUCAACUUCUACCCCUCCCAAGAUCCCCCAUACCCCCAUUUUCAUGAAUCUCAAACGCAACCACAAACCCAUGAAAAUGAGCACUCCCAACUUGCUAGAUCUCCCUCACUCAUUCAAAGACUCAAGUCCAUCAACCUCUACACUUACCUCCCCACCGAACCCUUCACGUCCAAACUCACUCCCCACACCACCACAGUUUCCCACGUGCCGGACAAGCCGCACGUGUCACCACAACAAGUGGUGGAAUCCGACGAAGAAAAAGAGGAAGACGACGACUUUCCUGUCGAAAACGACAAUUACGGUCACAACCUCGUUGAGCGCGAAGAGUGUUCUUCGUUGGACGAGAUUUACAGCAAACUGCAGCAGCAGGGGCAAGAUGGUCAUUUCACUAGGACGCAUUCUGACACCAAGCCUUCAUCCGGCGAGGUUCCAGUGAAGCUGUCGCGGAAGAUGAAGAAGUCAGCCAGCAGCAAGUCGGCUUUCGCGCACUUCAAGGAGGAAGACAUAGUGGAGAGCCGCCGGCCGGCCACCGCGAAAGAGGCGAAGGUGGGCGGAACCGGCGUGGACGAGGAGGAGGAGGUGGACGCUAGGGCCGACGACUUCAUCAACAAGUUCAAGCAGCAGCUAAAAUUGCAGAGGCUGGAUUCCAUCAUGAGGUACAAGGAAAUGAUUGGUCGAGGAUCUACCAAAUAA